AUGUUUCCACCAUGCGAUCCCUCCAUUCUUGAGCACAACCCCCAAUUCAAACGAUUGUAUGAGAACCUCACAACUUCUCUCCUCGCCCCAGAUGCCUCGACCCGCGCCCAACCCACAAGCUCGGCCAAUGCAGUCGUCGAGGUAAGUCGCGGCACCGUCUACGCGUCCAGAGCUAACCACGCACAGGACUUGAAGCAAUGCCAAUCCCAGCAUGCCAAAAAACGAAUCAAAGAGGACAUGCUCCAACAAUUGGCCUUUGUCCCAGAAAACUCCCUACCCGCAGACCACCACGAUAACCUAGCAAUAAUAACGUUGUUCCUCUCAACGCCCCCAGAAGCUCUAAUCACGGACCAAGAGAAGGAUACUCUAUCGCUUCUAGCCCCAGACAUCCAAACGUUCACAGCGAACAUACCGACUCUAAUCCAACCCCUCUCAACCCUGAUCAGCAAAUCCAUCCACGAACUCCGCGCCCUCUCCACUCAACAGCAAGUCCCAGAGCCAGAGCCCCCAAGCCACCAUGCGCGCGCUCGAGCCCGCGACCGCCGAGCCCGCACCUCCAUAGCCCCCAUCCCUCUCCUCGCAGAAGAGCUGAGCACGCGCGUCCGCAACCUCCGCCGCACCCAACUCGUCGAGAUACCAGCUGCACGCCGCAAAAUGGCCGUCACAGCGGCGGAGGUUGUCGCGUUGCAAACUCGUAUUCUGGAGCGGACGGUGGUGAUUCUCGAGAGAGCGAAGUAUGGAGCUCUUGCGCGCGCGACGAGGGCAAAGGCGGACCAUUUGGCUAUUGUUGCUCAGGGCGUGGAGGGAAAAUUGGAGAUUACGAAAUUGGAGAUUGGGGCUAUGAUCUACUCCCCCGAGACUGUGGCUGCUCUUUCCAGGUAUAAGGUGCACCUGGGAGAUGUGGCGGAACAUCUAGAGGAGCGGAAGAAUACUGCUAUUGCGGACUUGAAGGCUCUGGGGGACCCGGAGCUCUGUGACCUGGAUGGAGGGACUCUUGAUGAUAUCAAGAGCCGGUAUGGUACCUUGGCCCGGGAGGUGGAAUUGGUGAAGGGGGAGAUUGCUCAGCUACACGGAUGA